CAAUUUCCUUUUCUUUUUCUUUUUCUUAGGAACUACAAUCCAUCUUACGUCUACACAUAACUAGACAUUGCCUAGAAACUCUGGGGAUUCUCUAUGAACUGGUUGAUUUAUAUAUGCGACUUAUUAUUAUUAUCACCAGGAUAAGAUUUGGUUUUCCGUAUUUUGGAGAAUGUCUCGACUAGAAAUGAGGCAGCUUUGUAAAGAGCUAGCGCUACUAGCUAUACAACCACUGGGCCGAUCCAAAUAUUUACGCUUAGAAUGCAUAUUUUAACAAUCAAACUGAGUCAAAUUACAAGGUACAAAAAUAGUUGUCAAUAAUCAUACUAAUCACAGGGGCACAUUGCGUGUCGCAUACACAUUUGCUCCAGAAAUAAUAACUUCAUCCACCAGCGGGGUGUGACAUAACGCCCGGCCAAACGGCGACAAUGCUGAGCUGUCCCGCCAGUAUCAAACCAUCGCUAUCGUAAAGCAAACAUGUUCCGACGCUUAACGCACCCGACCUCCCCGAAGCAGCAACACCAUCGUGACCGCGCGUGUGACUUCACCGUGAUGCCGCACGGCCUGUGGUUGCUCGAGCACUCUGGUCUGUGGGGUGAUCCCCGGCGUAAGCGUUCCUUCGCCCUAAUGCUGCUCGGCACGGUUCUGCUGCUGAUCGUACCGAAGAUUGUGCUCGGCACCGGGAGCGAUAGCUUCGACUCGAUCGCCCGCAGUACGGCCGAGUUCAUCUUCUGCUACAACAACUACCUCAUGAUGGCGAUCUUCGCCAUCCGGCGGCAACCGUUCGAGCAGCUGAUCGGCACCGUCCAGCUGCUGUUCGAUAAGCGUAAGUGUGACAGACUGACUGGAUGCUCGCAACACGUACAGUGAAUUAUUGCAAACUCUCCCAACUUCCGCUGUUGCUUCUCAAACGGUCGCGAUCACACAGAACGAAAGUUCCAGACGACCGACUCCAGCCGGUACGUGGUGUACGUCAAUCGACAAAUAAUGCGCUACAGCCGGCUGUACAUCAUCGUGCAGGGCGUGUACUUCCUCAUUUUCAAUCUACUGCCCGCCAUUGUGACGUACAGUGCGUACUUCGCAUCGAGCGGCGACGGCGAGCCGGUCGAGUUUCUGUUGCCCGUCGAGUCCCGGUUCUUCUUUCUGGACAUACGGCACAGUAUCGUGCAC